AUUUUUUUACUUAUGCAUGAUUAUUUUUUUUAUUUUAUUUUUUUAUCUCGUAAUCAUGAUGACUUUCACCUCAUAAUAAAAAAUAAAAACAUUAUUGCCAAAGCAUUAUUUUUUUUUUUUUUUUAUGUUGCGGAAAUGGGCUUACAUAAAAACCCCUGGCUCCUCUAUUGCCAAAGGAGCUCUAAAAGCUUUUGCCCACUAGACGGCGUGUACGACCAAUUUCUGGUACAUCCACUGACGUGGCGUUGCUUGUUUACUGGCGGGCAACGAGCGUCGCUGUUGAUGACGUCACGGCAAUGUGUUUCGAGGCAGCGCGCUAUGAGAGCGAGUCCUUCAGUACUAUAAUGAAAGCCUUUCUGAACCGCUUUCACACUGUCAGUCACAAAAAAACGGUGGAUUAUUUUGUCCCUCUGCUGAUGAAUUACCCAAACUGACGCUUAAAACUGUUUGUCCAGAUUUCUUUUCAUCUAGAAGAUUAAAACUGUUUCUAAAUCAACUCAAGUUAUGGCGACUCGACUCUCUGAUCUAUUUGGAAACAGCCGGAUUAUUGCCGGACUGCUGGUCAAUUUGCUGUCUUCAAUCUGCAUAGUGUUCAUCAACAAAUGGAUCUAUGUGCACUACCGAUUUCCCAACAUGACAAUGACUCUCAUUCAUUUCGUGGUGACAUGGCUGGGGCUGUUCAUGUGUCAGAAGAUGGAUAUUUUCUCUCCCAAGAGUCUCAGACCCUCUAAAAUCAUCCUGCUGGCUUUGAGUUUCUGUGGCUUUGUUGUAUUCACUAAUCUUUCUCUGCAAAAUAACACUAUAGGAACAUACCAGCUGGCCAAGGCCAUGACAACACCUGUGAUCAUAGUCAUACAGACCAUGUACUACAGAAAGACAUUCUCCACAAAAAUUAAACUCACUCUAGUGCCAAUCACUCUAGGUGUAAUACUGAACUCUUACUAUGAUGUCAAGUUCAAUCUUUUAGGCAUGGUCUUUGCCACACUAGGGGUCUUCGUCACCUCACUAUAUCAAGUGUGGGUCGGUGCCAAACAGCACGAGCUACAGGUGAACUCUAUGCAGUUACUGUAUUAUCAGGCACCCAUGUCUUCUGCAUUUCUCUUGGUUCUGGUUCCAUUCUUCGAACCACUCACUGGAGAUGGUGGCAUCUUCGGCCCCUGGUCAUUCCAGGCCCUGGUUUUGGUCUUUCUAUCUGGAGUUAUCGCCUUCCUAGUCAAUUUGUCCAUAUACUGGAUCAUUGGGAACACGUCACCUGUUACCUACAACAUGUUUGGUCACUUCAAGUUCUGCAUCACAUUACUGGGUGGGUAUGUGCUCUUUCAGGACCCAUUGUCUUUAAACCAAGGUCUGGGCAUCCUCUGCACCCUCAUUGGUAUCCUGGCAUACACCCACUUCAAACUGGCAGAGCAAGAGGAGGGCAAAAGCAGGCUCACUCAAAGGCCAUAGGCUAACUGAUGUGGCAAUCAUACGAGCAAGCCAGCGUUCAGUGCCUGAUAGUGUUCAGGAAUACAUAGUGAUGGCUCCUAUAUAGGAGCAUGAAGAGACUAACCAAACACAGACUGUAUGGAAGUAGAUUUAAGCCAUAGUGGCUAAGAACUUUUAACAGCAUUUCAAUUAACCACAUUUGUGUACUUUAAACAUUUUAUUUUUAUUUCAAGUAUUCAAUCUUGGCUGAAAACUUAAUGGAGCUGAUAGUUUCAAAGGAAAGCUCUUUAUGUUCAAGCACAUUUCCUUUGAGUUUUAUUUAACAAUGUAUUUUCAUAUGCUGUGUACACCAAUAAAACAUAUUUUACAGAAA